CUUUACAGACAUAGUGUGACAAUAACAGGUCAGUACUGCAACUUUGAAGAUCUCUGGCGUUGUCAACAACUUUGUCUCACAGAGCACACGAUGGCCCAAACCCGGAUGUCUGUUGUGUUUGCGGUGCUAGUGGCUGUCGUCAUUUUACUUACGGCUAAAUUCUUUGCUUUACCUCGGGCGUAUUUCGGAAUAACUAACUCAUGGCAUCAAAUCGAGCUAGUCCCUUCACCAAAAAGGAAGUUAACCAAAACUCCUCAUCCUGAAAUAGUCGCGUUUCCAAUAAAAGUCUCAUGUCUAUACAACACUGGAGACAAGCUUGAAAAAGUCACAACCCAAAGUGACCUAGAUCAGGUCACGUACCCAGGGUAUACAGACGUUACCGUCUUAAGUAAAGACAAUGUCUAUCACCGAGGAGACGUUCUCACCGUAAGGGUGGUGGCAAGAGACAAAAAAGGAAGGCCUAAGACGUACGGAGGAGACUUCUUCCGUGCCAGACUGGUCAGUAGUGACCGUUCGCUACAGGCCAGUAGUGCCGGUCACGUCACUGACCACUGUAACGGUACCUACACUGUGCAGUUCCCGCUUUACUGGGUAGGCGGCGUUUCGAUAAAGAUUCAGCUUGUCCACCCAAGUGAAGCAGUGCAGGUUCUACAGAGAACAAGAGAAACUCCGAACAAGAGAUUCUUCUUCUGCUCCUUCGUCGACGUAAAAACGAAGUCUACAGAAUCACGACAAUGCUUCAGUUCUCCCAACCCCAGCCUACCGCCCCAACAACAGUGCGAUUUCUCCAAACGGGAGGUGAACGGAACCUGGAUUUGUGAGAAACCUAAGAAACUUCCUUGUUCCUCUAUUUCAAUGUGUCGAUUUGACGCGGACAAGAGUUGGAAAAGAGCAGCUCGUCUCCUGUCUGGCAAGGAAAUAAAAGUUUUUCAAAAACCAUAUCUUGAGACAGAACUUAAAGUAGACCCCAAGGAGCCAAUACGUGUCCUUGAGGCAGAAUUGACCACACCUCAACACCUUCCGGCGUGUACCGGGGACGCACGUGAGUCUGGGGUCACACUGGGUCAUUGGUCAGCCAAGGUCUGGAAAUCAUCAGUCUGCAAUGUCCGAGUUUUUGCCAAAGAGGACAUCCGGCGAUGCCUGGCUAACAAGACAGUACACACGCAAGGCGACUCCUCUCAAUUCCAGUGGUGUAAACGUUUGACGGAAGUGAUACCACUGUCAAAGACAGACACCAUGGGUCCGGAAGCUAAGGUCGGCACACCACAAAGACCUCCACAUGUCAGAGUGUAUGACAACGACCAAUGGAACAUCUCUGUUCGCUGGCAGUGGCAUCACUACCCCGUUCAAAUAACAGAUUGGCAUUACUUUAACGAUUUUAGUUACACUGCCGACGUGUUGGACUCCAUUCGCGGAGGCCAGAACACAGUAGUGGUUCUCGGUCUGUGGGCUCACUUUACCGCCGAGCCGCUGGACAUGAUCCGGUCGCGAAUGUACGCCAUACGGGCCGCCAUACACCGUCUCAAGCGCAGGAGUCCCGACACGCAGGUCUUCGUGAGAACUGGUACAACGCGAGAACACAAUAAAGGAAUGUUAAAGUACUACCUGCUUGGGAGCGACUGGAUGGCUUACCAGAUCACGGAGGUGAUACGAGAGGUGUUCCGGGCGGAUCCAGACGUGGUCGUGCUGGACACGUGGGACAUGAGCGUGUGUCAGCCGGGGAAAGACCAUGUUCACGCCGAUCAAACGAUGGUGAACAGUGAACUAUACAGGCUGUUAUCUCAUAUCUGCCCAACAAACUAGACGGUUUCAAAGACAGAUAAAGCACUGCUUUAGUAACAAGAUGAUCUAAGAUGGCGGACACGAAAAUCACAAUAUAAAAAAAUUGCGAAUGUUUUGUAAACGUUAUGAUGUAAAACAGGACCCACGGUGAUGUUGAGGGCCAAUGUAGUUGUUGUGUUAGUUUUGCCGGUCGGGCAAAAUAUAUAAUUUUUUCAGGUCAGGAUCUGUAAAAAAUGUGGAACAUGAAAAAUACAAUUUUUUUUUCAUGUCAGGAUAUAUAAGUACAGAUUGAGAAGAUACUUUG